AUGUCCCUCCAAAACGGCGCCUACACCCACCAAGGUUACUCCGCGCCGCCCUACAGCCAGGGAUACAACCAACCACCAGGAGGUCAAAUGUACGCCAACGACGAGCAGGUCACGCAAGUAUACUACUACAACAACGACGACGCCGCAUCAAUAUCAUCGCGAAGCAUCUCGCGUCAGCAGUACUGGUACGGUCAACAACCCGGCGGCGGCCGAAGCUGUCGAUCCAGCGGCAGCGCAAAAUCACCCGAGAAUGAGCGCUUCAACCGCAAGAGGAGGCGGUGCACGUACAUGUACUACGUCCUGCGCCAGCUCGCCAUCAUCGUGCCUUUGGUCGUUAUCUUUCUGAAUAUCAACAUCUACUGCUCGCGGAGGGGCAAGUACCUCAACGACUCGACGAGCCCUGCGGAUCCUAUUUUUUACAGCUUGUGGUUGUCUGUACCGAUUUCGUGUAUUCUUCUCAUCUGGUCACUCGUCACCGUCAUCUGGCGCAAAAGAGAUGCCUACCGGGGCGGUAUCCCGAAGCAUUUCCAUUUCGGCAUGGAGUUGUGUUUCACGCUCGGCACCACCAUCUGCUGGAUCCUGCUUGUCAUUCAGAUUGAGUCGAAGAAGUCCAACGGGUAUUACGCGUAUCCGUACAUCCAGUACGAGGCCGCUCUGGCGUUCCUAAUGGGACUUAUCAUGUAA